AUGCAUUGUCAAGAAGUUGUGUACAUCUAGUCUCCAGUAUUAACAUAGAAGUUAUCGAAAAAACAGGAGAGUCUGUUGAAAAUUUGGAGCUUACGAAACAACAAUUUAUAUAGGCUCAUAUAGGUUUACAACAUAAGUACACCAAUUACUCAAUUUAAUGUGUAUAAGGUUUACUUUUCAGCAUUCCGUACAAAAAAUUUGUUUCAAAUGUUAUAGGUGCAAAAGUAAGUUUAUCUCAGUUGUUUAUUCUCAGCACAAGAGUUUGCAGUAAAAUUUGCAAGUCCUCAAACUGAUUGCAUUGCAAAAUAAUUGGAAUUUGAAUUCACUAAAUUGAAACCUUCAAAAGGCAUUUACUACAACAAGUAUUAAAGUUUGGUGUAAGUUUUUCCUUUUGAUGAAAAAUAUCAUUUAAUAAGCAAGCAUAUGAAUUUUAGCAAAGAGAUGGCAGAAAUGUAUGAAGAAUUUUAAAGAAAUGAUCAAGAAAAUUUGGCCAAUUCAGUAUCAGUAGAGUGA